UAAUUCGUCAUCAAAAAAAUGCACAUAGAUUUGUUGAAACACAAUUCAAAUGUGAAUACUGUCCAUAUGCUACCAACUCCAAUUACAAUAUGCAACGUCAUCGAUCUCGUUUUCGCGAGCUGGGUAUUGAUUGCAAUAGCAAGAAGAAUUGUAAACAGAGAAUAAUUUGUCCGGUUUGUGGAUCAAAAUAUGAACUAAGAAAUGAGCUGAGGCGACAUAACGUAACCGAUCAUAAUGAGACUGUUGAGGAAGAAAAUCUUGUUUUUGAAUCUGACAGUAGUAAAUAUUAGCAAAAACAUUAAUAUAAAAAUAGAAUUUUUUUAAUGGAAGAAAACUGUCGAAUGUGAAAACUUUUGGUCAUUAUGUGUGUCAUCAAGGAAUGAGCAGAAAUAAAAAUAGUACCAAGAAAAAAGAAUAUUUUUGUCUUCGUGAUGGAUUCCAUAAUGAAUUUAAAAAUCGUAAGAAGCAGCUCAAGAGUCAGGGUUCUAACAAAAUAAAUAGAUCCUGUCCUUCUGUCCUUCAAAGAUGAAAUAUAAAAAAGAAAAUGGAGUAGUCUUGGUACAGUUUAUAAAGUCACACAUUGGACAUGAUGAAAAUAUUGGCAGAUUAAACCUUAAAAAGGAUGAACGUGCUGAAAUAGCUGGGAAACUCAAAUUUGGUGUUCCACUUGAUGUCAUACUUGAUCAAAUUCGUGAUGAUACAUCAGAUAUUCAUGCUGCACUUAUUACAACAACAAAACAAGAUCUUCGUAAUAUUAUAAGAGAUUUUAAUUUGGAUCCUACUCGUUCACAUUCAGAUGACGAUGUCAGCAUAGAAAUUUGGUGCACCAAAGUAAGUGGUGUUAAUGAUCCUUCUUUCAACCCUGUUAUAUACUAUAAACAACAAGGCGAUCAUUCUGAUAAUGAAAAUCUGAAUGUUGAAGAAGUCCUUUUGAUUAUAUCUAAUGCAUUCCAGAGAAAUAUGCUUAUUCAAUUUGGUAACAAUAUAAUAUGCAUUGAUAGUACACAUGGAAUGAAUCAAUAUGAUUUCCACUUAACUUCAUUGGUAGUAAUUGAUGAGUAUGGUCGUGGUAUUCCUGCAGCAUUCUGUAUUUCAAAUAAAAAGGAUACAAAUACAUGGUCAAUUUUUUUUUAAAAAAUAAUUGAGUGUAUUGAUAUCAUUUUACAUCCAAAAGUAUUUAUGUCAGAUGACGAUGACUCAUUUUACAAUGCGUGGAAACACGUGAUUGGCUAUGUACCUAAUAGAUUACUGUGCACCUGGCACAUUGACCGUGCUUGGAGAAAUCAACUCCAAAGAAAAAUAAUAAAUGUCGAGAAAAGAGUUUUAGUAUAUAAGGCUUUAAGAAUCUUAUUACAGGCUACAAAUACUGAAGAAUUUCAAGAAUUAUUAAAAGGUUUUAUGCAAGAAGUAAUGGCUGAUAAUGAAACCAGUCCAUUUGGAGAAUACUUUAAGUCAUACUACAUCACCAGACAGACAACUUGGGCAUAUUGCUUUAGAAAAAACUGCGGCAUCAACACUAAUAUGAGGCUAAAAUCCCUGCACAAGGUUCUCAAAUACUUCUAUCUUCAUGGACAAAAAAACAAACGUCUUGAUAAAUGUAUUGACGCUCUUGUAAAGUACUCCCGUGACUGUCUCUUCAAAAGAUUAAGAAAAAUUGUUAAAAAUGAGAGACCAAGACGACUGAAGAAUAUUGCAAAGAGCCAUGUCAUAGCUGAAGAAGUGCAGGUAAAUUUUAACCAGGCCACAAGUACAUGGUCUGUUGAAUCUCAGUCAUCAACAGAUAUAUUAUGCGAAGUUGAAUUAGUAUGUGAUAAUGUUGGAAUUUGGAGUGAUGAUUGUAUAAUGAUAUGUGAACAA